AUGUGGCGAGCAAUAAAAGAAGUACUUCCAAGUAAAAAAGGAUCAGCUAUAUUUUCUGUUUUUGAAAAAGGAAGACUACACACUGAUAAACAAUCUGUUGCAAAGAUUAUGAAUGAUUAUUUUGUGUCUAUUGGCAAAACACUAUCAAAGGCCUUUGGUCGCAAUGCCCCUGUUACUCCUGUUAUCAACUCACUGUCCACCAAUUUCCAUCUCAAUAAUGUCUCUGUAGAGUUUGUUAAAGAUACUUUAAGAUCUUUAAAAAGGAACAAAGCUGUCGGCCUGGAUAAGCUGAGCGCCCGCUUAUUAAGGGAUGCCUCCGAUGUUAUCUCUCCAGUCUUAACGGAACUGGUUAACAAAUCGUUCACAGACGGGGUUUUCCCUAAGAUAUGGAAAUCAGCAAAGGUAUCGGCAUUGUUUAAAGGCGGAGACAAAUCACAAAAGGACAAUUACCGACCAAUAUCAAUAUUACCAACUGUGAGUAAGAUUAUUGAAAAAGCGACGCAUGUACAAUUGUGUUCUUAUUUGGAAGAGAAUAAGUUACUGUCGCAUUCCCAGUUUGGCUUCCGCCAUGGGCGAUCAACUUCUACAGCGUUGAGUGACUUCACAGACCAGAUUUUAGAGAAUAUGGAUGGUGGAAAGGUAACAGGCGCAGUGUUUCUAGACCUGCGAAAAGCUUUCGACACUGUCGACCACACGACAACUGUAGGUGUGUCUGGUAAGAGUCUGGCAUGGUUCAAUUCCUAUCUCAGUGGCCGGAGUCAACAAACGAUGUGUGGUGAUGCGACAUCGUCUGCUGCAAAUAUCACCUUGGGAGUACCACAGGGAAGUAUUCUAGGACCGCUGUUGUUCCUGGUGUACAUAAAUGGAGUUCAGUCUGUCCUAAAACAUUCUAAGAUGACAAUCUUUGCUGAUGAUCUGGCUUUUUAUUGUCCCGAGAGUUCUGCUGCUGAUUUGCAAUCGAAACUGAACUUAGACCUGAAAGCUAUCUCGGUUUGGUUGCGCGAUAACAAGCUCACACUGAACGUUGAGAAAUCAAAAUUCAUGAUUAUCGGUAGUAGCGCCAAACUGAAACAAUUGAAUCCUAUAGAACUUGUAGUUGGGGAUGAGCAGCUGGGGAAUGUUGCAGAGUUCAAGUAUCUUGGCGUGAUUAUCAAUCAACAUCUAACUUGGCAUAAUCAUAUCGAUCAGAUUCAGAGUAAAGUCGCGCAAAGGUUGGGUGUUCUCAAAAGGUUGAAGCACCUGCUCCCUAUUCAUGCAAGGAAACUAUAUGUUUCAACAAUGAUCACACCUAUAUUAGAAUAUGCUAAUAAUAUAUGGGGUGAUAAAAACAACAAUGUUCUAAUGGAUUCAAUACAAGUAUUGCAAAAUAAAGCAGCCAAACUGAUCUUGGAUAGACCACCACGCUCCUCGUCAAACGAAGCUUUGUCGAAACUGAAUUGGCUAGACCUGUCUAGUAGAAGAAAAUUGCAACGUUGUGUUUUCAUGUUCGAUCUUAUUCAUGACAGUGAAAGAAACAAUGUGAUAGUUAGAGGAACUGACAUUCAUAAUUACAACACACGAAUGAAAGAUACCAUACGAAAGGAAAGAGUUGCAACUAAAUGGGGAGAAAUGGACUCAAUAAAUAGUGCACUAAAUGACUGGAAUAUUUUACCCGUAGACCUAAGAUCAAUCCGUACGAGGAGGUCUUUUAAGACAGCAGUUCUUAAUGAACUCAAGACUAAGAGUUAUGCAUAA